CUCUGUCCCCACGGCUGCCCACGGGACGGCACGAUCGGCCCCCACGUCGCAGGGCUGGUCCCCCCAUCGGGGGAGAGCAGCCCCAGGAAUCGGCCCCGCUCAGCACCAUGUUCAUUAUCGUGAGAUAUGGAGACGACUGCCAAGAGAUGGUGAACCUGCACUGCCGCCUCCUCAUCCUCACGGCUCACCUGAAGAGGAAGUGUCAGUGCAAGCCUGAAGACUGCAUUGAUCUUCUGGAUGAAACGGGCGCCCUGAUGAACCUCAGCAAAGUGGAAAACCCUGCAUCUGAAUUCGCCAGUAAAUACCUACAGGAAAGGAAGCGCUACAUCCUCAUCCGAGUCGUCCGAAGAGAAAACGCUGACCUCACCAGCUACGAAUCCUUGCUGGAGAACCUGGGGAAACACUACCCUGACCUACCAGAUCGGCUGCAGAAGCUCUCAGCAAGACAGAGCUGGAGAAGAGGCUCUUUCCAGAGGAAGGCUCAGGCCCUCAGCAGCACCUCAGCCAGGUCCAGACCCACCUCACCCAGGUCCAGGCCCGCCUCACCCAGCAGGAAGAGCUUAAGGGCACCCCUGGAUGAGGACCGGACCUGAUGGGAACGGGCCCUUUACUGGUCACAAACGCAGCAUGGCCGCCACCAGGGCUCACCCACAGUGCUGUAGCACCCCACCACUCACCCCCCACUUAGCCAGAACCCUCCGCUAAUUAACUGCUCUUCCUGGGACCCCCUGCUCCACUCCAAAGUUCACAUUCCUGCAUCCCAAGCUGCACCUUGACCAGCCACACAAACACAACACGAGCAGCAGCCUCCAGAGACACGAGUCCUCGGCUCCAGCAGCAGCACUGGCCAGCACACCAACAUCAGUCCAAUGGUUAUUUCUUAAAGGGGGUUAAUUAAAACAACUUCAUAAUAGCAGUUCCUCCCUGCUCACACCAGUGCAGCUCAGCACACAGAGUGCUUUGAGUCUCUGGCAUCUACUUCUUCCUUUGGCUGUCCCUCUGGGGAGCAGAAGCCACCCCAGAUAAGGCCAGGCACCACUCAGGACGUCACCUGCCACCAAGAAUUUAGGUCUUGACAUUUACAAGGGGUAGGACUUUCAACACCAGCCUCCAGGAUCCGUCUCCAGCUUUCACCAUCCAGAUCUGGGCUUCCUCACAGACUCAGCGAGGGGCUGGGCAGUUGCCCAGCAUCCAACAGCGAACAGGUUAAUUCUGCCAUGAAGAUUCAGUGGUUAAGCCUCCAAAAGCAUCACCACGUGCCACUAAAACACCAGCUGAAGCCUCAAAGUUCUCCUUCCCACCAAGGACAGAGCAGGGCCUCCUGCUGGAGGCAGCAGCCAUGAGCCUGCUCUGCCACAGGCAGUCAGAGGAAAGCAGAAAGCUCACCCCGCUGCUGGUGACCUUGAGCAGGUUGCAUAAGCUGCUCCGGCCUUUCGGCGAGAUCAGCCGACUGUAUCCCAGUCACCCUGCCAGGCAGGUCACACUGUCUUAGCUCCAGCGUCACAAGAGCCCUUCAGGAAGAGGAUAUCGAUGGAAAGAUAGAUUUGUUACUGAAAAUACCGCGGGGGACAGCUCGGAUUGCCUCCCUCCAGCCCCUCCUCUGCCUGGAGGGCAUCCAGCCCGGCCUCAGCUCACUCCUGAUCGGCUUUUGCCAAGUCAUGGGGCACAGUCCCUGCGAGGCCGCCCCUCCUGUCGGCAGGAAAUAUGCCUUUGUGCCUUGUCCCUUAAGUGCCUGACACUGUUAACAUUUU